AGAAGCACUUGUACUCAAACUUUUUCAUAGGAGAUAUAUAUUCUAUUUAAAUGUUCACAACUUAGAUUACAAUUUAACAUGCAGUUUUAAGGGGGAGGGGGGAGGAAUCUUUACUGUUGCAUUUUGUGACUUGUGGGUUAACUUGCCAUAGUUCAUUUUAGUAAAUCACUUUCCCGAAAAGCAACCUUGGUUAGAGAGAGAGAGAGAGAGAGGUCGAGGAAUAGAAAGCUCUCACAUAAUCAUUUGAUUCAAAGCUUCCCCAACCCAUAAUAAUUUUAACUUUUUAAAGUGUUUUGUACAGUAAAAAGUGUAAAGCUAUAUAACGAGCUUUUGACAAUUUGGAGCCCAUGCUAGCAGCGAGUUCAUAAAGAGGCUCUUGUUUUUAAUGCAUUAGUCUGCCUGGUGGUCUCCGCGUACGAUAACCUCUUGGGAGGAGGUGCAGUUUUUGCUGUGAACAGAUGAUGGGGCUCCUGUAAAGAGUUAACUGGCCGCUUUUUUUAAAAAAAAACCCCUUUCUGUGCUCUUAGUAUCUACUUCAAAUUGAAGUAUGCAAAUGAAGCAGUUUUCCUUCUGGGAGGCUGUGUGUGUGUGUGUGUGUGUGUAAGAUUAAUUUUACUUAUCAGUCUGGAUGUUCUAGCAGGUUUUGACAGUAGUUAACUGGCCUAUAGGCUCCUUCGUGUUUAUAAUAUGCAUUUUAAUAGUUGUCGCGUGACCAACUGAUUUCUAAAGCAGAACAUUUCUGGGGGGAAAUGCAUGAUCCCCUCACCCCCCACCAAGAAAUUCCUGCUGUUGGAACUUGGGCAACAUAACUCUGGGUGUGAGUGCCUGCUCUCUACUUCAAAAAAAAAGUUUCUCUGCCCAUUUUGCAGCCGGCCAAACAAGAAUAUGACUGGCCCAUGGUGUUUGCCACUUCAUCCUUUCAGAUGUGUGUCAGGCUCUGUUAUGUUCUCUUGUCUUGUAUUUCUUUCUUUCUACACAGUUUUUCACAGAGAUGCUUGGAAGAAUACUCUGCAAAGCUUUGAAAUCCAAAACGGCCAUUUUACUCCGGGUUUUCUUUUUCUCCUCCCCCCUCAAAACAGGGUUUUGUACUUAAUUCUGGUGCUGGGUCCAUUGCUGGCAAUGGCUGCACCAGUCUUGCUGUGGGCAUUGAGUUGACAGCUCCCCUUCCCUUGCCUGUCUUGAAUUUUUUAUUUUACUUUUUAGACGUUUGUCUGUAGCUGAGCACUUCCAUGUUGUUUGUUUGUCUGUUUCAUUGUGAUUUUAACCGUGGCAUUAGGCCUGUAUAAAAUACCUCGCACGAAAACCUCGGCUUCCCCAUUUUUUUUUAAAUGGCCUUUAAUUCAUUUUUGGUUCUCUCUUUUCUCUCCCCCUCCCCCUGCUCCCGCUAUCCACUCUCUGUACACGAUAGCCACUCCACCAAUUUUAUUCUAGCAAUGUGUAUCUUCCACCUUUAGAAUUCUAGAGCCCUCGGACCUUAAAAAAAAAUACUAGCUUCUCCAAGCAGUGUUUUAUGUAGUUAACAAAGCAAAGCCUCCCAGGUUGUAUCGCAUAACUUUUGUUAGCAGCCAUCUAUUUGAAUAAGAGAAUAAAGCUAAAAAGCCACACAAAUGCUGAAAUCAUUCUUUAAACUGGUCCGUUGUCGUUUCCUUCUGCUUGAGUGCAGCACGUUUUCGCUCUCUGGGUUUACAGCAGAGCAGCCCACGGUCGUUAAAAUUCCUCAGCUAAUGCAAUAGCCACUUUCAUGUAUUGUUAUUUUUUAAAAUAAUGUUUUUAGAAGACGCAGGCCCUUGAAAACGUCUUCUCUUUCCCAAGAAGCAAGCAAAUAGUCCGCACCUGCACUCGGAAAAAGCAAAAUGUACAUUCCCAGUUCUGGUUGGCAAUUAAAUUUUUAGAUGCCAUAUCUUGGAACUCUGGAUGAGGCCGGAAAGAUCAGCAGCAUCAGCUGCCCAUCGACUGGUUCACACAUGACUCAAAAUGCAGGCAGAGAGUAGCUUGAACCUCCUUUUUCACUAGUGUGAACUGGCGUGCUAUGUGAGAUCUCUUCUCACUCCUGAUUACCUGACGUUUGCCUUGCUAUUAGGAGUGAGGAAGUUUUGUAAGGAGACGUCUCUGGCAGAGCAUUUGUAACUGUUCACACUGGGGAGCGGGAAAGAGAAUAUUGGACUCCCUCUUUUUUUUUUUUGCAGGAUAAAACUUCUGAGGUGCACAAGGGUACUUGACCCCAAGGCCAUAUCGGAAGUCUGUGGGUGCAGGAUGAAGCCCUUGCCUACCCAUUCCCAAUUGCACAUGUGUCUUUUCUCAGAAAAGGACGUCUGCUGUCCUCCCUACCUUGCAAUUUUCACUGACCUUUAAGAGUGUCGUGUGUGUACCUGCAACUUCUUGAAAACAGAAGCCUCCUCAAGGAGCUCCUCCAUCUUAUACUUGCGCUGUGGUUCUCUAGUUUUUGUAUAACCAAGCCAGAGACAUCAUUUGGGUGCUUGGCACCAUCACCUCUCCAGGCCUGGUGGGUAUUAAGUGCUUGACCAGUAACGUGUAAUGGACAUUUGUGGCACAGAGGCAACUUUUGAGCUGUGCCUCCCAGUCAAAUAGGACGAAGGGAACUAGCUGAAAGCUUGGCUUGUGAUGGCCUUGCUGAAUGGACUUUGGGAAUUGUGUUUGAGAUAAUUGUUCAGAACUCCACCAGAAACCCCUGGAAGCAAGAGCAUUGAUUAUUGUUUUAAGUUUGCAGUGUUAGUGCUUCUGAUAUUUGCAAUACUUGGAGGUAUCAAACUAGAAAGGAAUGCAGAAGGCUUGCAAGUAGGACAGUAGAAUUGCCCUGGAAGAAAUGAGAGUGUUGGAUAUGUACUGUUUGUGUUGUAUAAGGCACAUGUGAUGGUUCAUGCACAAAUAAAUUCUGGUAGAGUCUCUUGAAGAGAACUUCUGCUUGUUGGCUAUUAAUUUAGGAAGUUAUUCUAGCAUAAAGUGUUAGAGCUAAUCUUGGUGAUCGCAUAGACUUGGUCUUCUUUGAGCCAAUCAGAUCAUGGACUUGUUCCCUCCUCUGUCCCCAUUUUUCAGAUUUUUGCAAAAAGCAAAGUGACAACUCCCCUCUCCAUCUGUCUCGUUUUGGGGAACAGCUCUCGGCUGGAGUCAUAGGAUGGUAAUGAGCUGAGUUUUACUUGGAGUAGACCCGUUGAAAUGAGGGAACCUGACUAACUUGGGCCCGUCAGUUUCGAUAGGUCUGCUGGUUGAAUGCCUUUCAUAGUCUUUUCUGUUGCCUGGCCUCGUCUGGUUGUCAGAACGUACUCAUGGCUUGGAGUAGAAGACAGCCUCUCUCUUUCCACGCAGCUGUGUUGUUGGAAGACCUGAGCAGCCCUCUUGAGGCAAGCAGUGACUUGAGAAUGAAUGAUGCGCCAAUGGACAUAGAUUGAACCGUAGAAAGGCAGCAGAAUUUGAAGAGAGGAAGCCAAUGAGAAACUGGUGAAAAGGGCGACUGCUGCUUCUCAAGGCGGGUUUCCACCGUUCUGCAGCAUCGUUUGUGGGCUCGUUUUUACGUUUGGGUGGGUGUGCCUCCCUCCCAAAUUAGUGUGCAAUCUCACUUCCUCUGUGGAGACAUGCAGGGGGAUGUCCAGCACCACAAACUCUCUCUAUUCUGCACUCGCAGUUUCCAUCCCAGUUUUAUCCCUUCUCCUUGAAUAGACUGAACCUGUAGUACGUAAGUACCAGGAGGGGCGGUGGGGGGGGGGAGGGAGAGAAUGGUAGGGCGCCCCAGUUCCAACCCCUUAGACCUGUUGCCCCCAGAUCAUUGCUUGCUGAACCAGCAUCCCAACUCCUGUUUGAUCUAAUGCACAGUGUAAACGAUGGAGCCAUUCCCACUUGUAAUCAUGGAACCAUAAAUACGUUUUGUUUUGCAAACGGAAGCAUGGCAGCGAAAGGUGGAAGCAGAGGUUUGCAAAGGCCAGGGAACUUGGUGUAUGUGUCUCAGCAUUGAAUCGCUGCGGCCCAUUGAAUGCUGCUAUAUCAAUUGACUGGGAUUCGAUAGGGGAUGCCUGGCAGAAAUACGUAAUAUUCUAGCCUUGUGAUGGUGGCUGACUUGUUGCAAGGCCCUGGGUAGUGCGCAUUCGAAUACAUGGCGUCCAGGUGUUUGGCUGGGGAAAUGCUUCCGAGACUUUAAAAUGGGGGUGACUGUGUGUGUGUGUGUGUGUGUGUGUGUGUGUGUGUGUGUGUAGAUAUAUAUACACAUACAGAUGUGCGUGCACACACAAAGAAAGAGCAUGAGACACACAGCCCCGAUUAAACGGGAGUCACUGAUCCAGAUGUUAAAGGGCUUUUCCCUGCCUCCCAGCUAAAAAUAUGAAUGUUGCCAAACAAUAGGUAUGUCAUAUUGCUACCCUGCAUAAAGUGUUGCCCUGCAAACCGUAUUGUUAAACUGAACCCCAGAAAUCUGCAGUGUGUGUGAUUUUACAGGUACUAUAUGUGUGUGUCUUUUUAAUUGUUGUAUGCUUGUGAGUGUCACAGUUUUAAUAUCUGUGUGUGGGCAAAUUUGACUGGAUACAUGUUCAGGUGUCAGCGAGGUUUCAAUGCUUAUCCAUGGUUUCUUGGAAAAAACUAGAACUAGAUGUUUUGAUUCCCCCCCCCUCCCCUUUAAAAAUCGCGUAUGGGGUGCAGCUCUGCUACUAUGAAGGAAGCAGAAUUUAAUCAGUCACCUUUAAACAUGUGCAUUGAAGGAAGCUACCCAAAGGAAUUGUGGCUUGGGCCCAUCCCUAAAGUGAUGCAGGAGGUGACAGAAAUCUGGAGUUGUACCACUUGAGAGACGGCAUGCAAGUGAGAUGGUUUUUAAAGGUUUCCCUACAUAACAAGCAUCCCUGCAUGGGGGUAGGGUGUUUGUGUUUGGGAUGAAGGAACAUUCAGAACUCUUACCCAUCGCAUGCAGUCUGAAGUGGUACAGUCCAGAAUUCUGCCAGCUUAAUUCUGCAUAAUUUUAGAACAUCUCUUGAUUUCUUCCAAAUCUACGGUUAAAAAACCUUUUAAAGGAUCUGACUCUCCCCUCCACCAGUCCUCAAUGUGUUAAAGGCAUCCUGACAAUUGGAUGCCUUUAAUAAACUAAUUUAGUAUUGCAUGGUGGGAAAAUGCCUGCCUCUAUAUGAGUAAUAAUCUUUCUUUCUUUCUCUUUCUCUCUCUUUCUUCUCCCACCUUAAAACUUUGGGACCUAUCCAAUAUAAAUGGCGUACUUGAUCCUCUUUUGAUUUCAACAGGAGUGUGUUAAGGACGGAUGUAACUUUCACAUUGAACUUUCGCUUGGCUUGAUUAUGUCAGCCCUCCAAACAAAAUAGCCAGUAAACAGCUGCCUUUAGUCUAAACCUAUAGUAGCACUGUUUGGAAUGUUUCAUAAAUUGCAUACAAUUGAAACAGGGCUUUGGGUGGAGAGAAGCAGAGCAGCUGGGGGAUUGGGAUUUCUGCAGUGCCGUGUGUACGUGAAAGAUUUAAAGACCUAAUUAAAGCUGUGCAGCAAGAGGAGACUUAGCAGUUCCUUGAUUUGCGAAAUCCAAGCUAGCAAUUCUGGGGGAUUCUACAUGGGUUUUCUUACUUGUUAGAUGGAAAUUUCUCUCUUUUGAACAACUGCUGUUGGGAUAACGGGUUUGGUUCAUGUGCUGUGGUGAGGGGGCCUUUGGCGACACUACCCAUUGCCCUAUAUUAAACAGCAAACUUGCAUUUCCUAGCCAGAAACUUGUUGUUUUGUCUGCUGUAUAUUUGUGCCUGUUGUUGAUGCAAUCAGAACAGAAAUGGUCAAGCAUUUAUAAGUCUCUCUCUCUCUCUCCCCCACCCGCAAUGGCUAGCAUUGUGAGCACGAGUUAAUUUUCCUACCCCUUCUAGUUACAGCCAGAGAAAUACUACCCCAUGCUUGUGUAGGUGUUGCCCAGAUUUUUUGCACUUGCCCAAUGUUCCCAUUCUUCCUCCUGUUCCUAGAACUUAAGUUCACUUUAAAAAAAAAAUCACCAUCUUGUCUGGAAUUAUGUUCUGUCUCCACAGUCAAGAUCUGCUGAAAUAUUAUUUGGUCGGUCCAUAACCCUUGCAUCAAUUUUCUUGAUCCUGCACUCCUCCUGUGCGCAGUCUCCCUCUCCUCCCCUCCUCACCCAGCCCAAUUUAAUCAGCUAGCGAGCCAUUUCAUUUAAGUCAGUUGACAGUCAGUGCCCAGUCAGGGUAGGGGAGCCUGUGCUGUUUUGUCGGCUGCUCCACGGGACUUCAGCAGUGGUGGCAAAAUGCAGAAUUCCCUGAGAGAGAGAUCAAGCUAGGAACAAAGGUAACACACACCUUGCAAGGUAAGAGCACCUGCAAUCCAGCACAGAAUAGCAGGGGCUUGGCUCCCAUGGUGGAAUCAGGUACAUACCGUGAGCUGGGUUCUGCCUGCGUGCCUUUGCCCUGCUCGUGUACGUUUGCUUGUACGUACUUGAUCACGCUUCCUGCAUUGUCAAGUUUCACCGUUUUCCUAUUCUGCGCCUUGCCUAUUGGGCAGCUUCUUCUGAAACAGCCUAGCCGAACGGACGUUGCAUCGGUACAAUCCCAUAACAAUUGGGGGGGGGGAAGUGAUGGAGAGAGGAAGGGGUGCAUCUUGCAGGCUGAUUUUAGUUCUCAAAUGGGCAGCGUCCCCGUCUGUAGCUAAACAUUUCAUUCUCUGUUACCGUAAGGCAAUUGCAUGCAUUUUUGUGGAUCCUUCCCCCACACCCCCGAGCAAGAUUAUCGGGUACAUAUUCUGGCCAAAAGGGCAGUGAGGCAGCAUUGCUGCAUCAGGAACUGGUGGGGGCUCACUCUGGCACACUUUGGCAGACUAACUUCACAACCAAUCUGUUCUAAGGGAGUGAAGUUUCUCCCUUAGCUGUUGGCUUGUUGUGUAACAGUGAGAGGCAGAUACUUGUCUUCCUAACCAGGACUAAAGUUUUGACAUGAUAGCAAAGCAAAGCCCCUGUAGACAUGCUCUGUCUUUUUUUUUUGUUUUCCCUUUUGCUACUAUACACAAACUUUUCAAAUCAUGCCUGGCAUCUAAUGCAACGUGAAUUAAAGCAUUAUAUCUUUCCCUUGCACUGAUAGGACUUUUGUUUCAGGGUGCGGGGCAGGGGGUGGGCAGCGAGCCGUCGGCCAGUUUCUUAACUCUGCUCUACAGAAAUUUGCUGUUUGGUUCCACAAGGAAAAGCCACGUCAGGCGAAAGGUGGCAUGUUGGUGGCGUCGCUUUCGCCUCCUGCUCAUUGUCUUGUACACGGUUCAGUAGAUCCGUGCAGAUAUCUGCUAGGCCAGGGGUGGAGAACAUCUUGUUGGACACAAAUUCCCAUCUUUGUUUUUCAGCCAGCAUGGCCAAUGGUCAAGGGUUAUGGGAGCUGUUGUCUCUGCAGGGCCACCGGUUCCCCAUUCUUGCGCUUAGUGAACUGUUGUUUCAAUACUCUUUAUUUUUGAAAAAUAAAAUUAAAUUAAAAACUAGGUGACGUUUUUCAGAUAAGUCUUGCAAACUACUCCAUAUUAUUUGUGCUCUGUCUGCACGCAGGGGACGGCGUCUCGUACUUCCCAAGCCUGCACCUUUUCCUUGUGGGGGAGUGUGCACCUUUUUUACAGUGGAGGAGGUCCACUGUAGUUCUGCAGUCCCUUCUCUUCUUUUGAGGCUACUGCAAAUGUUACAAGUUGUGUGUGGUGGGUGAAGUUCACAGGUCUGGCUUGGAGCCAUGUGUGCACUGAUCGGCCUGGCGAAGUAAUUUUCUAGCGCAGGGCCGUUUCAUUGUAUUUUAUAAUUGGAGCUUUCUAAAUCUUGACCUUCGCCAUUGAAUCGGAGCCUCUUUUCUUCUUUGCACCCGCCCAGCUCAAAUGCUUACAUUUUGGGUGAAAUGCAAUCUGCCAAGGCUCCUCUCUGAUGUCUCCCUUAAUUUAGCAGAACUGCACUGAAGCUGAGCAAUGGAGGCGUCAUCCUUUGGGAGCAGAGAGCAACUCUGGCACUACUUUAUGCCCAGAAUUUUCUCACCUUUAACCUUUCUCCUUCCCCCACCCCAUUCACUAUAAAAGUAAUACUGGUAAAUUUGGGGUGGUGGGGAGGGACCUGCUUUGGCCAGUCUCUGCGAAAACAAAUUAUUGUACAACGUGUUUACUAAAGCAGAAAAAUCAUGGAUUGCUUGCAUUUUGAAAGGAACAGACACCGGGGUUUUUAUAUGUGGUCUGUGCAUUUUAAGGCUGCGUCAUGACAAGCCUGCGUAGUUGCUGCAAAAGUUGAUGCUUCUUUGUUUGGUCUGAGAAGACAGAUCAGGAAGCGGAGUUUCCAGCCCAGUGCAUUAUUGGCAGAAUCUGCAUUGUGCUUGAGAAGUGAUGGGUGCGCAUGUAUUUUCCCUUGCGAAGAUCAUUUCCAUGCUUUUUAUUUUUAUUUUUUAAAAGAAUGCUGCAUCUGAAGUGGCCAAUUAGAGGGGGAAGUGAAUACCUUGGGGAAAGAACUGGAAGUGUCUUCAUUGUUGUACAUAAAUCCUGGGUUGCUUUCUCUCUUCCCUCUUUCAGUUUCCAACCCCCCCCCCCAACUCUCCCCCCCCCCCCAGUAAACUCACUUGCAUGGAAAACUUAACUUGAAAUGGAGAGUCCCCUGUACCCUCAACGCUCAAAAGUGGUUAACUGCAGUUGACUAACAGCUGGUGUUUUUAGCUUUGCAGUACAUGACUGUUUAAAUACUGUAUUCCUUGUAAAUGAAGUUUAAAAAAAAAUGUUACGGCUGGUGCCAAUAUUUUUGUUAUUGAAAUGUUCAAUGUUGUCUCACUACGGUCUGGUCAGAGCUCUUUGUGUAUAAGCCGGGCCUGCAGCCUUUUUCUAGCUCGGAGGCCUGAUUGUGUAACUUUUUUUUUUCUUUCAUAAUGUUUUUGUUUUGUUUUGUUUAUAAUAUCUACUGUCAUUUCUUUCAUAUAAAUAUGACAUGUAAAUUGUCAUAAUAAAAAAAAACCAUUUAAAGUAAGUUGACGUACAGAGAAAGUGUGCGAGGAGCCACGCAUUUCCUUGUCAUGGCAUCGUGGAAGAUGGCAGGUCACACAAGAAUAACCAUUAAAUCAGUUACAGGUAGGUAGCCGUGUUGGUCUGAGUCGAAGCAAAAUAAAAAAAUUCCUUCAGUAGCACCUUAAAGACCAACUAAGUUUUUAUUUUGGUAUGAGCUUUCUUUUAUUACAGAAAAAAUUCAGGAACAGACUGGAAAGAGAAGUUGCUGAAUUGGAACUCAUUACCAAGCUUAAAACCAUGGAGCCACCUGGGAUGAAUAAAGACAUUGGAUUCUUAUCUCAUUAUGCAUGAUCAAGCUUUCUUUAGCGUCUCAGCCCUUGCUUUCCCCCCACAGGACCAAUUGCAGUCAUCAGCAGUCGUUAACAGCCAUCUACAGGUUUACCACUCCCAUCAGCCCAUCACCCAUUCCCACCCACCCCCACCCUCUGUAUAUACAUAAGGGUCUGACUUCUGUUUCAAGUGUAUCUGAAGAAGUGUGCAUGCACACAAAAGCUCAUACCAAAAUAAAAACUUAGUUGGUCUUUAAGGUGCUACUGAAGGAAGUUUUUUAUUUUGCAUUAAAUCAGAUUCACUAAUUUUACUGCAGAUGGACAUUUUGAUAAAUGGCUUUUAAAAAUAAAAAUCAAGAGAGCUGAACAGAGAUCAACAGAAAGAUGUCAAAAAUGGGAAAUUUAAACAAUGUAAUGUGUAGGUAAGAACUAAAAUGUGGAGAGAUCCAGGUGAGGGUUGGGGGGCUUCCAAUGAAUUUUAAAGUUAUAUAGACGAGUGUUCGUUUAUUGAAGGCAGCCCUGCAGAGGGAAGUUUUUUUAAAAUGUUCUAUUAUGUUUUUAUAUAUGUUUUAUUAUUAUCAUCAUUGGCCAUUUGUAAGCCAGGUGGAGGUACUGCAGUUUUACCCAAUUUUAAUUUAGCUGCAGUAGGAAGUUGUGAGAACCUGAAAUGAAUACUAUUUUUUUCAAAAAGAGAGGGAACUGGUGAUGUAGGAGAGGUCUAGAUUAGGUCCCGAGAAGUGUUGGCAGGAAUGUCUCUCUAUUUCGUUUUUUCACUUAAUUAUUAUUACCAAUUUCGUUGCAACUUAUCCGGCCCUCCGGAUGCUUUGGGACAUCAUCCCAGGACCACUGGUCCUGUUAGCUAGGAAUGAUGGUAGUUGUAGUCCCAAAACGUCUGGAGGGCCAAGUUUGGGGACGCCUGCUUCAGGCGCUGAGGGACUACAGUUCCCGCCAUCCCUGGCGGCCGGCCGCACUCGCUGAGGAUGACGGGAGUCGGAGUCCAACGCCGCUCAGGAUCGGCCUUCCCUCAGUUCUCAGGCGGCUAGUCCCUUAAGCAUCGACGGGAGGCAAAUGGAGACGGGCCGUUCCCUUCCACCCCUCGUCACCGUGUGGUUUAUUUAUCAUCCUUCCCAUCCGCUCUCCCCACCGCCGUCGCGCCUCUUUAAAAUAAAUUUUCUGAAGUGUUUAUUGGAUUCCAACAUGGCGUCCGCCGCCUCCCCUCGUGAGGCGAGUGGGGACGGUCACGUGACGGCAACAACAGAGACGCGGAGGCGGGGCUUUGCGUCUCUAUGGUGACGGGGCGGUUGCGCGGGGAGAACGCUUCCGGGUCGACUGGGGGAAAGCUGCGCGCGCUUCCGGUUUCGUUGCUUCCCCCCCCCUCCCCUCUUCGUUUUCCAGGCGCGAUAGCGCGAAGAGGCGCUGGGAGGAUCUCCGACCUGACGCCGACGCCGCUGCUGCCAUGAGCUUCCUGAAGCCUCUCGUGGCGCCUACCGAGGGGGUCCGGCUUCGGCAGCCCGAAACGGAGGCCGUGCUGGGGGGACGAGGCCUGGGCACCGGGAGCCUCUACAUCGCCGAGAGCCGCCUGUCAUGGAUAGAGACUUCAGGCCUCGGGUUCUCGUUGGACUAUCCCAUCAUAAGCUUGCAUGCCAUCUCCAGGGAUCUGAAUGCUUAUCCGUGGGAGCAUUUGUACGUCAUGGUAAAUGCAAAGUUUGAAGUAGAAGAAUCAAAAGAAGAUGGCAUGGGAGAAAAAGAAGAGGAGGAGGAGGAGGAGGAGGAUGGCAGCAAUGAUGAUCUUGAGCCCAUUUCAGAAUUCAGAUUUGUACCCAGCGACAAAUCAGCCUUGGAAGCCAUGUUCUCUGCCAUGUGUGAAUGCCAAGCCCUGCAUCCUGAUCCUGAAGACGAAGACUCUGACAACGACUACGAGGGUGAGGAAUAUGACGUGGAAGCCCACGAAAUUGGCCAAGGUGACAUCCCAUCCUUCUACACUUACGAAGAAGGCCUGUCACGUUUAACUGCUGAGGGUCAGGCUACCCUGGAGAGGCUGGAGGGCAUGCUGGCACAAUCUAUAAGCACUCAGUACCACAUGGCUGGGGUGCGGACAGAAGAUUCCAUCAGAGACUUCGAAGACGGAAUGGAGGUGGAUGCAGCCCCGGCAGUUGCUGGGCAGUUUGAAGACGCAGAUGUUGAUCACUGAGGAGGGUGUGGGCUGCUGUAAGAUUCUUCUCUCAGCAUUUUCAGAACAGGCUCUCCAAGCUUGAAGAUGUUAUAUCAGGAAUUGCCCUUUCGGUAUUAUUGACCUAAAUAUGGGUAUUUAGGUCUGUAAAUGCUUUUAUAGAUGUACUGAUAUAAAACAGGAUUUGACACUGUGGGGCUGGUUUUUUUAAAAAAAACAUAAGAACUUGAGAAAAGUAUAAUACCUUGGGUUUGAAAGGAGGGAUUAAUCAUGGGUUAUUACUGGAAAGCCUUUACAGAAAUGAUAGAGAUUAAAGAAUAAAGUUGUACUUAGAACAGAAUUCUAGAUUAUCCUAGAAUUUCCCCCAUAUUUUUGUGCCUGUUUAUCCACAGGUGACGAUGUCUGACAUGAGCGUUACUUUGGUUUAGCUAAACGAGGCAAGAGGUACGGUGGGGCUGCAGAGACAAACAAAUUGUAAAAACCCUUCAAGGGAUUGGCUCAUUCCAUUGGACGCUCUUGCUUUCUCAUGGUUUUAGUGGCCCGGUUUGGCGUUGGGAUGGCAUCUGUAUUGCCCCCAGAUGGUAAACUUAUUAUGUUUUUUGUUAUAAAUAAAAACAAAAUGGUUCAAUAAAUAUAAUUUUUGUAUCUUA